AUGGGCCAGAUGGCAGGCGACCUUGGCUGGCGGCUCGGCCUUUUGCUGCUCUCCUUGCUCCUGGCUCGAGCUGGUGUCUGGGGAUUCCCGAGACCGCCAGGGAGGUCCCCCCUGAGCCUGCAGGAGUUGCGGAAGGAGUUCAAGGUCAGCCUGCAGCUCGCCAGGAAGCUGCUCUCCGAGGUUCGGACCCAGGCCCACCGCUUUGCCGAAUCCCACCUGCCAGGAGUGAGCCUGGACCUCCUGCCCCUGGGGGAUCAGCUCCCCAAUGUCUCCCUGACCUUCCAGGCCUGGCACAGUCUCUCUGACCCAGACCGGCUCUGCUUCCUCUCCAAGAUGCUUCACCCCUUCCAUGUCCUCUUGGGAGGCCUGGGGAGCCAGGGGGGCUGGACCAGCUCUGAGAAGAUGCAGCUGUGGACCAUGAGGCUGGAUCUCCGGGAUCUGCAGCGACAUCUACACUUCCAGAUGCUGGCAGCAGGACUCAAGCUCCCCGAGGAGGAGGAGAGUGAGGAGCAGAAGGGGCGGCUCGAACGGGCUCCGGGGAGUCCCUCACAGGUGUCAGCGCAGCCGUCAUGGGCCCAACUCCUCUACACUUACCAGCUGCUGCACUCCUUGGAGCUUGUCUUGGCUCGGGCCGUGAGGGACUUGGUCUUGCUCUCCCAUGCCGGACACACAGCCCCAGCCUUGGGAUGCUCGGCGUCCGACUCCCGGCCCUGAUGGGGUGACUUCUCAGCCCCU